GCGCCGCCGACAUGGGCCCGCCGCCGCCGCCGCCGCUGUGAGUUGCCUCCUUCCCCGCUGGGCGGCCGGCGUGCGCGGGGGCGGCGCGACCCUCCGAGCGCGGGGCAGUGGGCUUCCAGGCCGGCGCGGGGGCGGGACGGACGGCCCCACACCGACAUGUAACCAUGGACUGCAGGACCAAGGAAAAUCCAGAGAGGACCUUUGACUUGGUAUUGAACGUGAAGUGUCAUGCCUCUGAAAAUGAAGAUCCGGUGGUAUUGUGGAAAUUCCCAGAGGACUUUGGCGACCAGGAAGUACUACAGAGUGUGCCCAAGUUCUGUUUCCCCUUUGACAUUGAAAGAGUAUCUCAGAAUCAAGUUGGACAGCACUUUACCUUUGUACUGACAGACAUUGAAAGUAAACAGAGAUUUGGAUUCUGCAGACUCACAUCAGGAGGCAAAAUAUGCUUGUGCAUCCUUAGUUACCUGCCAUGGUUUGAAGUAUAUUACAAGCUUCUAAAUACUCUGGCAGAUUACUUGGCUAAGGAACUGGAGAAUGAUUUGAAUGAAACUCUCAAAUCACUGUAUAACCACCCAGUACCAAAGGCAAACACUCCUGUCAGUUUGAGUGUGAACCAAGAGAUAUUUAUUGCCAGUGAGCAAGUUCUGAAAGAUCAGCCCUUCCUAGUACCGCAUUCCUACUUCAUUGCCCCAGAUAUAAGUCGACUCCCAACAAUUCCUGAGAGUAGAAAUCUUACAGAAUAUUUUGUUGCCGUGGAUGUGAAUAAUAUGCUGCAACUGUACGCCAGCAUGUUACAUGAGAGGCGCGUCAUUAUUACCUCUAGCAAAUUAAGCACUUUAACUGCCUGUCUCCAUGGAUCAGUUGCCCUGCUAUACCCAAUGUACUGGCAGCACAUAUACAUCCCUGUGCUCCCGCCGCACCUGCUGGACUACUGCUGUGCUCCAAUGCCAUACCUGAUUGGAAUACACUCCAGCCUUGUAGAGAGACUGAAAAAUAAAUCAUUGGAGGAUGUGGUUAUGUUAAAUGUUGACACAAACACUUUAGAAUCACCAUUUAAUGACUUGAACAACCUUCCGAGUGAUGUGGUCUCGGCCCUGAAAAAUAAACUGAAGAAGCAGUCUACAGCUACAGGGGAUGGAGUAGCUAGGGCCUUUCUUAGGGCACAGGCUGCUUUGUUUGGAUCCUACAGAGAUGCACUGAGAUACAAACCUGGGGAGCCCAUCACUUUCUGUGAGGAGAGUUUUGUAAAGCACCGCUCAAGUCUGAUGAAACAGUUCUUGGAAACUGCAGUUAACCUCCAACUUUUCAAGCAGUUUAUUGAUGGUCGACUGGCAAAAUUAAAUGCAGGAAGGGGUUUCUCUGAUGUAUUUGAAGAGGAAAUCACUUCAGGUGGCUUUUGUGGAGGGAACCCGAGGUCAUAUCAACAAUGGGUGCAUACAGUCAAGAAAGGAGGUGCAUUGUUUAAUACAGCAAUGACCAAAGCGACUCCAGCUGUACGGACGGCAUAUAAAUUUGCAAAAAAUCAUGCUAAGCAGGGAAUAAAAGAAGUCAAGAGUAAGCUAAAACAUAAGGAAAAUGAAGAAGAUUAUGGAACCUGUUCUGGUUCUGUACAAUAUACACCAGUUUACACAUUACACAAUGAAAAGGGAGGAAAUGUAGAAAAGCGUAAGCUUUCCCAGGCACGCUCAAAAAGACCUCUUAAGAGCUUUGAUGGUGCUCUGUAUGAUGACGACCAUGACGAGAGAGCAAGCAAGUUAUCCUCUGAAGAUGGAGAAGAGGCUUCUGCUUAUUUCUAUGAAAGUGAUGACUCCUUUGAAGCAAAAGUAAAGACUCCUUACUCAGGUGAAAUGGACCUACUAGGAGAGAUCUUAGAUACACUGAGUACACACAGCUCUGACCAAGGAAAGCUGGCAGCAGCGAAGAGCUUGGAUUUCUUCAGAUCAAUGGAUGACAUUGAUUACAAGCCUACGAAUAAAUCCAAUGCACCUAGUGAGAAUAAUCUGGCCCUACUUUGCAGUGGUUCUGGUGACCAAGUAGAGUGGCAUCUUGGGCAAGAUGAUAGCGCCCUUCAUGGCAAACACCUUCCUCCAUCUCCCCGGAAGCGAGUUUCCUCUAGCGGUCUGACCGAUUCUCUGUUUAUCCUGAAAGAGGAAAACAACGAAAAAUACAUCAGUGUUGACAAUGUGAGGGGGCCCGUGGUCAUGGAAAAGCCAGCUUCUGCUUCCGAACUAGAUUUCCAGCUAGCUUCACCUGAAGUUUCCCAAAAUGAAAAAUGUAAAACAGAAAAGAAGGAAACACUAAGCCAGAUUUCAGAUGAUCUGCUUAUACCCGGGCUUGGGCGACAUUCAUCUACUUUCGUUCCUUGGGAGAAAGAAGGGAAAGACGCCAAAGAGACUUCAGAAGAUAGUGGACUGCUUCAUGAAGUAGUGUCCUUAUGUCACAUAACAUCUGCCUUCCAGCAAGACUUAAACAUUUCAGAGGAAGACACAAGUGGAAAGCCAGCUUAAAUCAACAGUUAGCAGUCACUCACUUCCGUCUAAGCUUCUGUGGAGACAUUUUAGGAUUCCGUGUAAUCUCUAUAGUAAACAAUUAUAUGUAGGAAUGAUA